AAAAGGCUGAAAUUUAAUUACAGGUAGGCGACGGUCACGUUAGUGUUCGACGGACGUGGCGGCUCCCGCGAAAAUCAAACUGCUACGGCGGUUCACUCCCUUCGCACUCUCAAUCACUCUGUUUACGACGAACGCUUCUUCGAUCAGAUUUGAUCUUCUUCCUUCUGCAUUCAAAUUCAAUUUGAUCGCUCUCUCUUCCUUCUACGAAUCAUAGAUUUCUUUCUUCUCUUUCUUCUUCAAUGGCGUUCAUUCAUUUCUGAUUUCGUCGAUGAAGAAUUGAAGUUAAGCGAAUUUGACCUGAUUUCCCUUCAUUCCGAUCAUCUCCUUGAUUCUUUUUGUUGUUUUCUGCAAUAUUAUCCUCUUUCUCCGCCCGUUUCGAUUCUUUCAUCGCCUUUGAUUCCGUUGUUUUCGACUCCCCAAUGGCCUAUACACCUCAGUUUUCCCAUGGAUUCUCCGCCACUCUCCCGGUCCGGCAACCCGACACUGCAGCACCAUGCUCUGAGACAAUGCCUCCGCCCUUAAUCUCGACAGGACCAUCCAGAUUUCCUCCAGAAUUCCAACAGGAUGAGAUGUCGGCACCCUCACCGGGGAAUGGAAUUAUAGGUGCUACUCCCGUUCCUCGUUUGAGUACUCCCCCCGGACCUCCUGUUUUUACUUCUCCCAUCCCGCCUACUGCUGUCCCCUUUCGUACUUCACCGGCAUCUCCUCAGCCUAUCAUCUUCUCUUCUGCUUCCGCCUUACCAGCUUCUCCUCAACCUGUGGGGGAUUCGCCAUAUGUUCUGUUUUCUUCGCAGAAGGUGUUGAAGCUGAAGAAACAAGGUAAUGUUCCUAGUUUGGGUUUUGGAGCACUGAUUUCGCCGGGGAGGGAUGUUUCAUCUGGUCCUCAAAUAAUACAGCGUGAGCCCCAUCGUUGUCCAAGCUGUGGAGCUUAUUCGAAUCUGUAUUGCAAUAUCUUAAUUGGUUCAGGUCAAUGGCAGUGUGUAAUUUGUCGGAAUUUGAAUGAAAGUGAGGGUGAAUAUGCAGCACGGAGGAAAGAAGAUCUUUACCAUUUUCCAGAACUGUCAUCAUCUGUGGUUGAUUAUGUCAGAACUGGGAAUCGGAGACCAGGAUUUAUUCAAGCUUCUGACUCAAGAACUUCUGCUCCCAUUGUUCUGGUUGUUGAUGAGUCGUUAGAUGAGCCACACCUUCAGCAUCUCCAGAGCUCCUUGCAUGCUUUUAUUGAUUCAGUUUCCCCCACAACAAGAAUUGGAAUUAUACUGUAUGGACGUACUGUAUCAGUGCAUGAUUUUUCAGAAGAAUCUGUUGCCUCUGCUGAUGUGCUUCCUGGUGAUAAAUCACCAACUCUGGAGUCUUUGAAAGCAUUAAUUUAUGGAUCAGGGAUAUAUUUAUCGCCAAUGCACGCCUCACUCCGUGCAGCGCAUACGAUAUUUUCAUCACUGAGGCCUUAUAAAUUAAGCAUUCCAGAAGCCUCUAGAGAUAGGUGCCUUGGUACUGCAGUUGAAGUUGCUCUUGCCAUAAUCCAAGGACCUUCAGCAGAAGUGUCUCGAGGAGCGAUUAGAAGGUCAGGGGCUAAUAGUAGAAUUAUUGUUUGUGCUGGUGGACCUAAUACAUAUGGCCCUGGGUCAGUUCUCCAUUCUGUCAGUCAUCCAAAUUACCUACACAUGGAAAAGUCUGCUUUAAAUUGGAUGGAGCAUCUUGGUCGUGAGGCUCAUCAACAGAAUACAGUGGUUGACAUUCUAUGUGCUGGAACAUGCCCUGUCCGAGUUCCUAUCUUGCAGCCUCUUGUAAAAGCUUCUGGUGGUGUUUUGGUUCUUCACGAUGACUUUGGGGAGGCCUUUGGUGUAAACUUGCAGAGGGCAUCUGCUAGGGCUGCAGGUUCUCAUGGUUUGUUAGAAGUACACUAUUCUGAUGACAUUCAAAUCACCCAAGUUAUUGGUCCGGGCGAAGAGGCACACAUCGAUCCACAUGAAACCUUAAAAAAUGACACCUCUCUUUACAUUCAAAUGCUAAGUGUAGAAGAAGCUCAAAGCUUCUCACUCUCCAUGGAGACUAAGAGAGACAUAAAGAGUGAUUUUGUAUUUUUCCAGUUUGUUGUACAAUAUUCAAAUGUUUAUCAAGCUGACAUAUCAAGAGUAAUUACUAUAAGAUUGCCUACUGUUGAUAGCUUAUCAGAAUAUCUUGAAAGUGUUCAAGAUGAAAUAGCUGCAGUCCUUAUUGCCAAGAGGACUGCCUUGCAAGCUAAAAGCCAGUCUGAUGCUGUAGAUAUGCGGACUACAAUAGAUGAAAGAGUAAAAGAUAUUGCUUUGAAAUUUGGGGCCCUGGCACCAAAGUCAAAGAUCUAUCAGUUUCCAAAGGGACUAUCUUUAAUGCCAGAGCUUCUGUUCCAUUUGAGAAGAGGCCCUCUUCUUGGAAGCAUUGUUGGUCAUGAAGAUGAAAGGUCUGUAUUGAGAAACUUGUUUUUGAAUGCAUCCUUCGACCUUUCCCUCCGCAUGGUAGCACCUCGUUGUUUAAUGCACCGGGAGGGGGGUACUUUUGAAGAACUUCCAGCAUAUGACCUCGUGAUGCAGUCAGAUGCUGCUGUUGUGCUUGACCAUGGAACAGAUGUCUUCAUUUGGUUGGGUGCUGAGCUUGCAGCUGAAGAAGGAAAAAGUGCAGCUGCUUUAGCAGCUUGCAGAACAUUAGCAGAAGAGCUUACUGAAUCAAGGUUUCCGGCUCCCAGGAUUCUUGCGUUCAAGGAGGGGAGCUCUCAGGCUCGGUAUUUUGCUUCUCGGCUGAUACCAGCACACAAGGACCCUCCUUACGAACAGGAGGCCAGAUUUCCGCAACUUAGAACAUUGUCCACAGAGCAGAGGACAAAGCUGAAAAGUAGUUUUCUUCAUUUCGAUGAUCCCAGUUUCUGUGAAUGGAUGCGAAGUUUGAAGUUGAUCCCACCAGAGCCAAGUUAAGUGGGGUUAUUUCUUUUUUUUUUUCUCUCUUUAUUUAUACCGACUUAUGAUGAAGGUCUUUCGAUUUAUUUUUUCCACUUUAAACGAGAGGUAUGGAGGUUAGGGGAAUAGAUGUUAAACCCAAGUAGUGGCACUGCGUCUCUGUUAUGAAAUGCAACUUAAAAAGAUAUGAUCUUAAGUUUUAUAACAACUUAAUGUAUGACAAAAUUUGCUCCCUCAUACAGGUUACAAAAUCUGUCUUUGGCUGUAUGAUGGAGCAAAUUUAUAAACUUAUUACAAUCUUACAUUUUUUGUAUGAUUAAGCUUUGAAA